UUUCGUCUCUUUAUAAUUUUACAUGCACCGUACUACAUGAGUUGGAAUGCUUGUUCAACAACCUGAGAAGUUCUUUGAUGCGAGGAAAGAAAGGAGCAAACUACAGAAGGAGCAAUCAGGUGAAAAGGUUAAUUUUUCAAGACAAAGAUUUCUGAAAUUAUUUUGAGUCUGUCGAUUAUUUCUGAAAGACAAAGAUUAAUUUUGCAUUCCAAUUCCCGGGGGAGGGGGGAUGCAAAAUGCAAUCAGGUGACAAGUGUGAACCUGAACCAGCUUUAGAGAAGUGCCUUUCGUUUUCAGUAUGCUCAACUUCUUUUCGCUGUUAAUUCAAUUGGCUGUGCAUAUUGAGGCCGGCAAUUCUUAACUGAUUUGAUUAGCCAUAUAUGGAAUCGCACGUAGUUUACAUGAUUCGGCAGCACUAGUCGAGCAACACAUUCUUAGAGUAGAAGCAAAACAACAUUGAACUUUGCGCACUAGUGGAACAACAGUACAACACAACACAAUAAACAGGCAGUAAACAGAUUUCAAGUACAAUUCUGUGCACAUUGCGCACCCUUGAUUGCUUCCUGCUAAUCAAGUUUAUGCAGCUACGCAAUUCCAACAGCUAUUAAUUGCACUUGAUCAGUGGAGUACUACAAGUAGUAGCCAAAAUCAGAAUGAAAUGGAGGCAUGUCAUCCUCAGAAAGAUUUGAAUGCAAGAGGUAGGUGGCCAUUUUACUCCAACCCCCUACCGGCCGGCCUCCGAUUUCUUUUCUCACCAGGAUGUGAAUUAGGAGCACAGCACUGAUCUCAUUACUCAUUUCAAUGACCUCCCUUGAAGCAUAUAGACUAUAAAACAGUUGUUGCAGCCGAGCCUUGAAUCAUCGGCGAGAGCAGUUGGUCAUUUGCUGAGGAGAUCCCUGCACACAUGUCGAGGCCCAGCGGCGCCUUGUCAGCCACCAUGUUGAUCCUUUGAAGCCUCACCCUUUCCUCCCCCAUGGUGAAGCAAGCAACCUUGCUAUAAAUUAAAGCCACAGCGACCACUCUCCCUUCCUCUCCAUUGCCGUCACCAUGAGCUCUCCCCUCAUAGCCGUGUGCCUGGUUGUUCUUGCCUUGGCAUGCCAACAUGGGCGGGCGGCGGGCGCGACGCUGUCGACGGCGUCGCGGUGGAUCGUGGACGAGAAUGGGAGCCGGGUGAAGCUGGCGUGCGUGAACUGGCCGUCGCACCUCGAGCCGAUGCUCGCGGAGGGGCUGGGCAAGCAGCCCGUGGGCGCCAUCGCCGGGGACGUCGCCGCCAUGGGGUUCAACUGCGUCAGGCUCACCUGGCCAACGUUCCUUGUGACCAACGCCUCCUACUCUAACCUCACCGUCGCCCAGUCCUUCCUGCGGCUCAACCUCACCGAGUCACUCGCCGGCAUCCGGGUGAACAACCCCAGCAUCGUCGACCUCAAGCUCAUCGACGCGUUCAAGGCCGUGGUGAGCAGCCUGGGCGAGAACAACGUGAUGGUGAUACUUGACAACCACCUGAGCAAGCCGGGGUGGUGCUGCAGCAACACCGACGGCAACGGCUUCUUCGGCGACGCCUACUUCGACCCGGACGUCUGGGUGGAUGGCCUCACCAAGAUGGCCACCAUGUUCGCCGGCGUCCCCAACGUCGUCGGCAUGAGCCUCAGGAACGAGCUCAGGGGCCCCAGGCAGAACGCCAACGACUGGUACAAGUACAUGCAGCGCGGCGCGGAGGCUGUGCACGCGGCGAACCCGCGCGUGCUCGUCAUCCUCUCGGGCCUCAGCUUCGACAACGACCUGGCGUUCCUCAACUCGCGGCAGGUGAACCUCAGCUUCGCAGGGAAGGUGGCGUUCGAGGUGCACUGGUACAGCUUCUCCAACGGGCAGGAGUGGCGCACGGGCAACGCCAACCAGGUGUGCGCGCGCAUCUCCGCCAGCGUGUCCCGCCGCGCGCUCUACCUGCUCGACCAGGGCUGGCCCGUGUUCCUCAGCGAGUUCGGCGUCGACAACCGCGGCGGCAACGCCAACGACAACCGGUACUACGGGUGCGUCGCCGCCGUGGCCGCCGACCUGGACCUGGACUGGGCGCUCUGGACGCUACAGGGGAGCUACUACCUCCGGGAGGGCGUCUUGGGGCUCGACGAGGUCUACGGCGUGCUCGACUGGGCCUGGUGCAAGCCGCGCAACGACACCGCGCUGCGCAGGAUCCGCGCCCUGCAGCGGCCCCUCAGAGGCCCGGGACUCGCGGAGGCGGCGCCGUACACCGUGCUGUUCCACCCGGUGACGGGAAUGUGCGUGGUGCGGCGGUCGCUGACGCAGCCGCUGGAGCUGGGCCCGUGCAACGAGACGGAGGCGUGGGCGUACAGCACGCAGCAGCAGAGGCUGGCGCUGCGGGACAGCUCGCUGCUGUGCCUCCGCGCCUCGGGCGCCGGCAGGCCCGCGCACCUCGGCGUGACGUGCGGCGACGAGCUGGCGCGGUGGCGCCUCGUGUCGGACUCCAAACUGCACGUCGCCGUCAACGCGUCAACGACUUCCGGAAGCGACGGCUUGCUCUGCCUGGACGUCGGCGCGGACGGCAAGAGCGUGGUGACCAACCCGUGCCGGUGCCUGAGCGUGGACAACAGCUGCGACCCGGAAAGCCAGUGGUUCAAGCUCGUGAGCAGCACGAGGGCCGUGGUCACCGGGAACAUGCUCGCGCAGCUGCCCCUCAAGCUCAAGAACUGGAAGAUUAGGUCGUUUUGAUCCUAGGCUUCCACAUGACCAAGAGAAUUGUACGUGAGCUCAAGCUCAACACGUAAACUGUAGCACGUCCUAGAACGACGGGAGGAAGAAACACAAAUACUGCCCUCGAGCUAGAGCAGUGGUCUUGAGGUAGUAAGUGAUAAGCAUUUGAGCACACACUUGUCCAUGCCUUCCUUAGGUAACUGUCAGGAAAUAAUCUCUCUUCGGUAAUGACUAAUGAGUUUAUAGAGCACUGCUUUCACAA